AUGCAGAUCUUCGUCAAGACGCCGGCGGGGAAGACCACCACCCUGGAGGUCGAGAGCAGCCACACCGUCGAUGAUGUCAAGUCCAAGGUCCAGGACAAGGAAGGAAUCUCGCCGGACCAGCAGCGUCUCGUCUACGCCGGGAAGCAGCUGCCGGACGGCCGCACCCUGGCCGACUACGGUGUACACAAGGAGUCAACAAUCCACCUCGUGCUACGCCUCGGCGGAGGCUGGUGCUUCUACAAAUACGGCCCCGACCUGCGAGCCCUCGCGGAAAAGUACAACGCCAACAAGAUGAUCUGCUGCAAGUGCUAUGCUCGGCUGCUUCUUAGAGCUACAAACUGCCGCAAGAAGAAGUGUGGCCACAGCAACCAGUUGAGGCCAAAGAAGAACAAGUACAGGAGGUACUGA